AUGAGUUUGUUUUCAAAAGGCAAUCCAUUUAGAUCCAGUGCGAGAAGCAGAGUGGAUGUCUUGAAGACUGGUGAGAAUGAUGAACCAGAUAGAAAUGCCUGCUUCUCCAGCUUUCAGCAGCAUUGGCAUCAGGUCUUGGAUGUCAUCAAGAGAACAACAGGACCAGACCCUAUCAAGGGAGCACAGAUCACAACAGAUGAUGUGUGCUUGGCUGUCAACAACUUAGAACAGAUCAGCCUUCUGGUGGCCUUGGAUGCACACUUGAGCAAAGAAGAACCUGGUCCCAUACUAAGUACAUUAUUGAUGGAAGACAUUCUGGGACUCAUCUUGGAGUGGACAUUGGAGUGUCCAGAGGAACAGGCCAUACCCUUGAAAUUGGAGCAGCUAAAGAUUUAUGAAAAUAUCCUCAACAUCUCUAAGUUGCAAGUAUGGGGACAUAAGGUCCUCCUACGCCCUUUGCUCACUCUCAUCAGCUCUUGCAAGGAGACAGGGUCAUCUGAGGUUGAUCGCAGGCUUGUUAUCCUCCUAAAUCACUUGUGUGUCUCACUUAUGCAGGACAUGGAACUCCUCAAUGAAUUUUUCAAUGUCACCCCUGAAGAGGACCCAUCAAGGUUCAUUCUGUUUUCUCUCCUGAUCCCAUUUGUGCAUCGAGAGGGGAGCAUUGGUCAGCAGGCUCGAGAUGCCUUGCUCUUAUGCAUGGCUAUUUCACGGCAGAAUGAAGCCAUUGCUGGCUACAUUGCCAGACACUCUAGUCUAUGCCCUGUGCUAGCUGCAGGAUUGAGUGGCCUGUAUUCUGCCCUGCCACGGAAGCUCGACGUCCAUGAUGAGUCAUGGCAUGGCCUCACACACCAAGAUCUGGAGUCCAUUCCUGAACUUCGGCUAUUUCUCAAUUCAGUUGAAUUCACUAACGCCAUCUUCCAAAUAUCACACCCACUCAUCCAGAAGCACUUGCUGGAGUUUUUGUUUCAUGGCUUCCUUAUUCCCGUGAUGGGACCAGCUCUUCAUCUAAUCGAUCAUGAAGAGUUGGUGGCAGCUACAGCUUACAUGGACCUAAUCCUUAGGACAGUGACUGAGCCACUGCUGCUGCAGAUCUUCCUCAAGUUCACCCUCUCCAGUCACUAUGAGAAUAUGCGGGUCAUUGACACCAUCAUUGCCCGAAUCAAUCUACCUAGUCCUUCCAAAUGGCUGUGCCUUGUCAACCUCUCUCUUCUAUAUUCACUUGUCAAUCUCAAUUGUGAAGAUGUUAUGCUGGAUCUCAUCUUCCGGUAUUUAAUUCCUCAGAACCAUGUGAUGCUAUCACAAAGGCACAAGAUUUCUGAGUUUGACAUCUCAGAAGCUUGCAAACUCUUGAGUCUAGUCCCAGCUUGCUGUAGUGCUGAGGAAUCAAAUCAACCAGGUUUAGAGAGACAUCCAUCCCCAACUCCCUCACUCCCUGCCAGACUUCCCACAGAACUAUCUGCCUCAGAUCCAUGGCAUGUCAGUGAAACCCAUUUUGGGACACCACCCGGCACUGUAGACUUAGGCAUGCGCUUUGCAGAGUACCUGAGAAAUGCAGGGAUGCUGGUUCAAAAGUGCAAUUCAGCAUGUCAAAGUUGGAAACACAAAUAUGAUGGCAAGGAACCAAAACUUGAAGAACUAGAUUCUGUCCUCAGAGAAUCGGUGGUUCUGAGCAAUGAUAGCCAGCGACUCAUUCUGUCCCAAGAGAACUCUACUGGCACAUCAAAGAAUUUGCCUAUUAGCAGUACCCCUGUUGGAAAAAAUGUUCUUCCAUCACAGAAGCCAUUUCCUUCUGUAACUGAAGGAUCUUUGGGAGAAAAUGGGUUAGAUUCUGGAGUUGGUGAGCAAUCUGAUGCCAGUCUUUCCCCAUUUUUAUUAUCUGAAGACCUAGAUAAGACUUUGAAGGAGAUUGAAGAUGCAGCUACAAUGCUAGGAAUUGGUGACCAAGACAGAGGGUCUGUGAACUCAGAUCUAGAGGAAAUGCUGACUAAUUGCAGUCUCAUAGAUCUGACCAGGGACCAUGAAAUGGAACCAGGAGGCAGCAGCAGUGAUGAUGAAGACCCUAUUCAGCUCUCUGAUUCUCCAGAUGAGAAUGGCGUUGAGGAAAGGGAUGCUGAUCGUGCCAUAUCACCUCUGAGUUCAGCAAAGCCCUUCCAAUCUGUACCCACAAUCGGUCCUUUUCUGGUUGCCUUAAUGACCAAAUUAGAAGGAUUCUUGAAUAAUGACAUUCAUGUGAACAUUCAGCUGACGAAGCUGUUGACACGUCUGGCUGCAUUUCCCCAACCACCUCUACGAGCACUUCUACUCAGCUCUUCACUUACUUAUCAGCCUACAGUUCGCUGCCUCACCCAAGUUUUGGGUUCCUUGAAGCAGAAGAUAGAUGCCACAACUAAUGGAAUGCAUCUUCAAGAAGGGGUGCUGAAUGAUUGUCGACGGGCCUUUGGUAGCAUUUCUUCAUGUGCUCCUACAAAAGCAUCCCAUGUCAUACCUGAUGGCCACAAAGUGAAGUCAGAUGGAAAAAAGUCCAGUCUCCUGGGGAGGCUCUUCCCUGGUGGAGGACAUAAAGAAAGCCGUCACCCCAAAAGGGGUCAUACCUUACAGCAUCUGCCUGAUGGAUUUGGGUACAAAUGGAGUAAAGUGACAGAGCAGAUGCAGCCAAGUGAUUGGAACUCACAGCUGCAGGGAGUAGUUAUGGUGGCUGUGCAUUUGGAAGAUUGGCUGCAGGAGUUGGCUGCUGUGGCUUUAGAACAAUGUGUUGCAAAUAUCCCCUUACAUUACUCCCGUUCUUGAAAGCCCUGGUUGGACAUUGUCUUCCUGAUUAUGAUCGCAGCUCAGGUUAAGCCCUUCAUCUUGAAUGAAAAACAUUUUUGCAGGGCUCUAAUUUUCUCCCUUCUUGGAAUUGUGAUAACUUGAAGAUCAUACGAGAUUCUAUUUUAAGUAAUUAUUUAUCAUUGAAUCAUGGAAUCCUUUCCCACCAUUGUGAGAUAUAAGGUUGUAGAAUUUAUAUGGUGCAUUUCCCAAUAUUAUAUUAUCAGUGUCAGGAAUGCUGAACAGAUGAGAUUAGAAUUCAUUAGUGCAAUGAGAAUCACCAAAGUCUAGGUGUUCAGCAUAAACUCUUGUAUGUUACCUUCAAAGAGUUAUGACAAUGAUGAUUCAUGCUCAAACUUCUUUACUCAACUUCAUAUACUAGUGCCAAAAGUCCUUUCAACUGUUCAUGGUCAGGGCUGGAGUGUAUGCAUUUACUUAGGCUCAGUUUCUAGCAAGGCCUUCAGAAACAAUUGAGCCUUCUUGAUUGUGUGAAAGGAUGGUAAUUUCAAAACGAUGUUGUGGCAUUAUUACCUGUGCCUAUUUUCUCAUUUUAUUAUAUAUUUUCAGCCUUUAAAUAUGAUGUGUUUAUGGUUUAUGUGACUUGAAUGUUCUCUGUGUUAAAUUUUAUACCAUGUCUCUUUUUUCUUAUCAUUCUUUCCAGACCACUGCUUCCCUUGUCUUUUAAUUCUAUAGGCAUCUACCUUGAGCAUGAAAUGACAUGAUUCAUACAUCUCACUUUUCAACAGCAGCUUGUCUCAUAAUAAUACUGUACACCUAUUAGAGAAUCCUUUGAACAUCAUCUGGUGUCUUACUCUUGGCACUAUUUUUUGUUGAAUAGUUUAUAUAUUUUCUAUAUGUUGUUUUUCAACCCAGAAUGAUGUUUGUUGCAUUUUGUUUAUUUUUCUUUUUGUUCCUGCCAAGGAGGCCACCCCCCCUCUGAUUCCUUUUGAAAGAUACAAAUUGAUGUAAUAUUGGAUUGAUUGCAAAUGAAGUGAUAUCAUCAAAGCAGAUUUUGCCUUAUCAAAGCAUAUAGUAUAUUGUAGCAUACAUACUAGUCGAAAGCCCAUGUAUGCAUGUGGCGUUUUGGUGACUUUUGACUUAGGCAACUUAGUAUGGGGGGAAUUUUAAAAAGAAAAUGUGUUUCUUUGAUUAAUAAUCCUGGUUUGAGCACCCUGCCUGUGUCCAAUCUUCAGUCCAUGAACCAAGGCUAGGA